UGCGCCCGGAGUCCUGCACGCUUAGCCUCGCUAGCCUAGCCGAAGCUAACUUACCACACCGGAGUUUAGGGUUUGUUUUUGUUCCUCCUGCAGCUGAUUCUGAUCAUUAAAACACCCGAGGAGACGCAGAAACACAGCAGAUAACCCCGUGUACCGGCGGGUCUGUUUUAGAACGGAUUUAUUGUGUAUGUGAUCGCUGAGGAGCAGUUAGACUGAACACCCGGUCUGCAGAGAGCAGUGAAGAGUGGGAUGGUGCUGCUUUGAGUUUGGCGCUUUCGGCUCGACCAUCAGGUAUGACAGACAGCGAGAACAUGUCGACUGGAGGAGACCUGAAGGCCAAGGAGCUCAGUGAAAAGAAGCAGGAUAAUGAGAAAAAGAAGAGGUCUCGGGUGAAACAGCUGUUGGCAGAUGUGAAGAAACAAGUGGAAUUCUGGUUUGAUGAUGUGAACCUUCACAAGGACAAAUUUUUACAGAACGUCAUUAGUAAAUCAAGAGAUGGUUAUGUUGACAUAUCUCUUCUAACAACCUUCAAUAAAAUGAAAAAGUUGACCACAGAUGUUAAACUAAUAGCGAGAGCUCUCACAAAUUCCUCUGUGGUAGAGGUUAAUCUCAAAGGAACUCAAAUAAGACGUAAAAAUCAACUGGGGGACAAACCUCAAGAUAUCGACAGCCGCACAGUAUAUGUGGAACUCCUGCCAAAAGAUGUGACCCAUGUUUGGAUAGAACGAGUGUUUAGCAAGUGUGGGAAUGUAGUGUACAUCAGUAUACCCAGGUACAAGAUUUCAGAGUCCCCCAAGGGCUUUGCUUUUGUGGAGUUUGAGACAGAUGCUCAAGCACAAAAAGCCAUAGAGAUGUUGAACAACCCUCCAGAGGAUGCUCCAAGGAAGGCAGGCAUUUUCCCAAAGUCUUUAACAGAUAAUCCUGUCCCUUUGUGUACAGCACAGGAUAGCACACAAGAUGAAGAUGAGGAUGGAAAGAAGAAGAAGAAGAAAAAGAAGAAAGCUCGCAGUGAACUGAAAGAGGAUUCCAUUGAAGAAAUGGCAGUUGAGAAGGUAAAAGAAAAAGAGCCUGUUGUUGAAGCUGAGGUGGCCAGUAAGAAAAGGAAAGCUUCGUCUGAGGGCACUGAGAAAGAGAGUGCCAAGGAGGCUAAGAAAUCAGAGAAGAAAAGGCGCCGAUCCCGUAGUUCAGAGGUGUCUGGUGUAGAGGGACAAGAAGAGAUGCCAGCCAAAAUGAGGAAAAUGGAAGAAGAGACGAGUGACACAAAAGAGAUAUCAUCUGAGAACAGUAAAGAAAAACAGGAGGAAGAUUGUAAAAAGGCAGAGAAAGACGACGCCUUAUUGAAAGCCAAGAGAAAGAGAAAGAAGAAGCAUAAGGAGAGACUGAAGAUUGAGGAAGAAGUCAUUCCUCUCAGGGUGCUCUCAAAGAAAGAAUGGUUGGAGCUGAAGCAGGAGUAUAUGACACUGCAAAAGCAUUGUAUGGCAGCUCUAAAGAAAAACAUGUCUGACAUCAAUCAGAAAACAAUGGAAUGUGACAAUCCAGAAAACAAGGAGAAAACCUGUGAUGAGAAUAAUCCUAAAACAGAAACAACAGGUCCUCAGUUUGAGAGUGGAGUCAUUGUCAAAAUCACCCACAGCCAGCCUUUGCCUAGCAGGAAAUUUGUCAAGGACACCCUGUCAGAAGUAUCUGCAGUAAAGUAUGUGGAUAUUCUUGAGGGAGAUGCUGAGGGUUAUAUACGCUUCAAUUCACCUGAGGAUGCCAAAGCAGUCGUUGCAGCACGUACUGAAUUCCAGAAGAAGCACAGCUGGAAACUGGAGAUCUUGACUGGUGACCAUGAGCAAAGGUACUGGCAGAAGAUUUUGGUGGAUCGGCAGGCAAAACUUAAUCGGUCAAGGGACAAAAAACGAGGCACUGAGAAGCUUAUUUGUAAGGCUGAGAAAAUCAUCAUCGCUCGGGCCAAAGAGGCAAACAAGCACAUAUUUUUUGAUGACUAGUGGUCUAAGAGAUUUUUAAUGAGUGCUGAACAUUUUUCAUUUUUUUAAGUGAUACUCCAUCUAAUUCAAUUCUUUACGUUUUAUUGUCGUUGUUAUUACAUUUAUUGUUUUGUCCUGUAAACAUGCUGGUUCAGAUUUGGCAAGAAUGUUGUAUAUAAGGUGUCCUGCUUUCCAUGUAAUUAGGCACGCAGGAGUGAACACGUUUAGAUUACUAAUGAUUUCCAAUUUGAUUGCAAGUUUUGAGUGAUGCAACAUUUUUUUAAAAUAAAUUAUUUUAAAUAAA